AUGUCGGUAUAUAAUCAAAGAAAUCAUCAAACUCGUCUUAAUGAAUUAUUAGAUGCUAUUAAAUCUGAAUUUGAUUAUGCAUUAAAUGAAGCAACAAGUUUUAAAAAAAUUGAAGAUGAAUAUCAUUUAAAAUAUUCUCAACAAAAUACAGAAUUACAACAAAUUAGACAAACUGUUUAUGAAUUGGAAAUGGCUCAUAGAAAAAUUAAAGAAGCUUAUGAAGAAGAAAUUUUAAGAUUAAAAACUGAAUUAGAAAAUAGAGAUAGACAAAUGAAGAAUGGUUAUCAACAACAACAACAACAACAAGUACAGCAACAACAACAACAACAAGUUCAACAACAGCAACAACAACAACAACAGCAGCAACAAGCUCCUCCACCACCUCAACAACAACAACAGCAACCACCACCUCAACAGCAACAACAACCACCACCACCUCAAUCACAGCCUCAACAAACUCCUCAACAACAACCUCCACAACCACAACAACAGCAGAAUCAAGUCCCUCAAUCACAACAACAACAACCUCAACCACCACAACAACAACCAGCCCCACCACAACCUCAACAAAAUCAACAAUCAUCUACACCAGUUGUUCCACCAUCAAGUGCAUUGACUAUAAUUGAUAAAUCUCAAUAUAUUGUAAAUCCAGCACAAAAAGCAGGUCAUGUUAAAGAAAUUCCACCAUAUUUAUCAGAUUUAGAUGUUGCAAAAGCAAAUCCGGAUUUUAAAAAACAAAAUCUUGAUUAUUAUGUAUUAUAUAAUCCAGCUUUUGCUAGAGAUUUAGAUGUUGAUUUAAUUCAUUCAUUAGAUCAUUCUUCAGUUGUAUGUUGUGUUAGAUUUUCAAAAGAUGGUAAAUAUAUUGCUACUGGUUGUAAUAAAACUACUCAAGUUUUCAAUGUAGAAACUGGUGAACUAGUUGCUAAAUUAAUUGAUGAUUCUUCAUCAAAUGAAACAAAAGAAGAAGAUGCUCCUUCAUCGAAUGGUGAUUUAUAUAUAAGAUCUGUUUGUUUUUCACCAGAUGGUAAAUUAUUAGCUACAGGUGCAGAAGAUAAAUUAAUUAGAAUUUGGGAUUUAAAUACUAAAAGAAUUAUAAAAGUUUUAAGAGGUCAUGAACAAGAUAUUUAUUCAUUAGAUUUUUUCCCAGAUGGUGAUAGAUUAGUUUCUGGUUCAGGUGAUAGAUCAGUUAGAAUUUGGAGUUUAAGAUCUUCUCAAUGUACUUUAACUUUAAGUAUAGAAGAUGGUGUAACAACAGUUGCUGUAUCACCAGAUGGUAAAUUAAUUGCUGCUGGUUCAUUAGAUAGAACAGUUAGAGUUUGGGAUUCAACUACUGGAUUUUUAGUUGAAAGAUUGGAUUCAGGUAAUGAAAGUGGUAAUGGACAUGAAGAUUCGGUUUAUUCAGUUGCUUUUUCAAAUAAUGGUCAUCAAAUUGCAAGUGGUUCAUUAGAUAGAACUGUAAAAUUAUGGAAUUUAGAAGGAAAAUCUGAUAAAAAUUCAAGUUGUGAAGCUACUUAUAUUGGUCAUAAAGAUUUUGUUUUAUCAGUUUGUUGUACUCCAAAUAAUGAAUAUAUUUUAUCAGGUUCAAAAGAUAGAGGUGUUAUAUUUUGGGAUCAAGCUUCGGGUAAUCCUUUAUUAAUGUUACAAGGUCAUCGUAAUUCAGUUAUAUCUGUUGCUGUAUCAUCUAAUUCUCAAGGCACAGAAGGUAUAUUUGCAACAGGUUCAGGUGAUUGUAAAGCAAGAAUUUGGAAAUGGAGUAGAAAAUAA